AUGCUUCUGGAAACUGCCAUUGGGGAAGCAAAGCACCUCCGCAAGGAUCUCACCAUUUGUUGGCUUGACCUCGCCAACGCAUUCGGCUCUCUUCCGCAUGACUAUCUGGAGGAACUGUUUAACAGCCUCCCAAUACCCAUCGAGCUCCAGUCAACAUUGGCCGACAUCUACAGGGACAACAUAUCUCAAUUUGUAGUCAACGACGACCUCGUCCCGAUUGCAUCAACGUCCGGAGUACGGCAGGGCGACGGCCUGAGCUCCAUCGUUUUCAACCUGGCGGCUGAACCUCUCCUCAGGUGCGCAAAGGCUCCCAGCAACGCUGGAUUUCCCAUGCUUGGCACCACUGCCAAGGCUACCUCAUAUGCCGACGACAUCUCGGUUAUAGGGCAGCGCCCAGCCCAGCUCCAGAUCACCAUCGACGCUAUGUGCUCCGUCGCCUCCACUUUAGGGCUCCAAUUCAACGGAGCUAAGUGCGCGGCCAUAACCUUCACCAAAGGCAAAGUGGACACGUCAGCCCCCCUUCGAAUAGACGGAAAGCCAAUCAGGACGCUUGGUGAUGGCGACAAUGAGACUUACCUCGGGGUUCCAAUUGGGUCCCGCCUCCUUUUCCGUCCUGCCACAUCCAUACCCGACAGCCUCGUGAAGGUUGCUGACUCUGACCUUGCGCCAUGGCAAAAGCUCGAGGUCUUCCGCAGCCACCUUCUUCCCUCCAUCUCGCAUCACCUAGCAACUGGUCGUGUCGAAAAAUCUUUUCUACACGACCUCGACAAGAAUUGCGCAGACUUUCUCCGUCUGGUGGCCAACGUCCCACACAAUGCUCACACAGACUUCCUCUAUGCCGAUCGUCGGGCCGGCGGCCUUGGAGCCACGCGUCUCUCGGAGGAUGCCGACGUAUGGACAAUCGCACGGGCGGCCCAACUUCUUGACAGCUCCGACGCCGUCGUCAGCUCAGUGGCCAGGGCGCAAGCCUCAAAAAACAUCUACAACGCCCUAAAGAUUGAACCAACCACCGCUUUACUGUCCGACUACCUCUCAGGCUCCCAAACUGGGGGUCUCUAUGACAUCCGCUUCGCUAGCACAGGAGCAAAUACCUGGUCAAGGGCCAGGCGGGCCGCCAAAAGACUUAGGGUGAGGAUUGACGUAUCCAGCGACGACACAAAAACUUUACUGGUUGCUGACGACGUCUCCACAACCUCGGUCAAGGCAGUCCGGGGCCUCCGUUCCGUCAUCCGCAGCCGACACACAUCAAACCUCUGCUCAGCACCCCAUCAGGGAGUCGUGGCCAAAGGACUCAUGCUCGAGCUGAAAUCAUCCGACAUGGCCCGCCUCAUAUCGUGCAGAACAACUCUCAAUUUCGACGAUUGGGAGCUCAUCCAUCAGACCAGGCUCGGUCUCCUCCCUCUCCAUGGAGCUCCUGGAUACCAACCGAGCGACAAGAGCUGCCGGAAGUGUGGUCGCCAACUUGAGACCACCACUCAUGUCCUCAAUGCCUGCCCCAACAACCUUCCCUGCAUGACCUUAAGGCACGACGCGGUGCUCACUCGACUCAACGCCACCCUCACACGAGCAGGACACACCACUCGCGUGAACAAAUGUUACGACGGUACCCUUCUCCGUCCUGACCUCCUCAUUACUUCAGUCGAACCACCCGUCAUCAUCGACAUCACCAUCCCGUUUGAUGAGCCGGAGAACCUGCAGUUGGCGCACGAUGAAAAGGUGCGAAAAUACUCUCCACUUACAACAACCAUCCCAUUCGUCGUCGGCUCACUGGGAUCUUGGCUAACCUCAAACGAUGCCAUAGCAACAACACUAGGCAUUACCUCCCGAUCCUGGAACUCAACCAGGAGAGACACUCGCCUGCUGGCCAUCAAGGGAUCACUCGCAAUUGCCAGGCAGCACAUCUGCCGUCCGAACCAGGACCCCACAACACCGGCAGAGCAAGAACCCCAGGCCCAAUCACCCCCUUCGUGA